AUGGAAAUGAAACUGGGACCAUUAGGAGAUUAUAGCGUGGGGGAAAAGUGGGAAGAAACUGGACAUGACAAAAUAAGUCACAUCUUCGUCAAUUAUGGCAAGACUAGUGUAAAAUCCAUUCAGUUUGGAUAUGUCGAAAACGGAGCUCUGGUCAUGUCGAAAAGGCACGGCCAAAAAGCAGACGAAGAGGAUAGUACUCGUAUUGUGAGGCUGAACCAUGAAACCGAGUUUGUCACUGGGAUCAGCGGAGAGAAGUCGUACUCUCAUCUUUCAUCUCUUACGUUUCAUACAAACGAGAGAAAGCACUUAGUCUUUGAAGCAGAAUUCGACUUGUCCAGAGAGAGACGACCUCCGACGAGAGAGUUUCAUUCCGGAAUACAUGACCGCCGUGAAUUUGGCGGUUUCUUCGGAUCUUACAGCAAUUGGAGUUUUCAUUCUCUAGGUCUCUAUAUAAGGCCUAUCCUCUCGGGUGUACAAACUAUCAAACAAGAAGAUGUUUGA